CGAAAAAGACGAAACAGAAAGUUGCGCGUGAUUAUGUUUUAUGCAGCGAUUCGGAUAUCAAUUCCCCAAAUUGAAAUUCAACUCCCAAACACAGAACCCAACGCACUUUCUCUCCUCUCGUGUUCGUGCGUGCGUGAAAUCUAAGCAACUCAAUAAUGGUGUUCUACUUCAAAGCACGCCCUGAAGCUGGCGAUUACACCAUCUUCAUGGGUCUUGACAAGUUCGAGAACGAAGAGCUCAUCAAAUACGGUUUCAUCGAAGACAUCUGGUUCCAUGUUGAUAAGAUGUCUUCAGCCCAUGUUUAUGUCAGGCUGCACAAAGGUCAGACUAUUGAUGACAUGAGUGAAGGUUUAUUGGAAGACUGUGCUCAACUUGUCAAAGCAAAUUCAAUUCAAGGGAAUAAAGUAAACAACGUUGAUGUUGUUUACACUCCCUGGUCCAAUUUAAAGAAAACUGCUUCGAUGGACGUUGGUCAAGUUGGUUUUCACAGCUCAAAAAUGGUGCGAACUGUGAGAGUGGAGAAGAAGAUAAAUGAGAUUGUUAACAGGCUAAACAAAACGAAGGUGGAAAGAAAACCUGAUUUGAAAGCUGAGCGAGAAGCAGUUGCUGCUGCUGAAAGAGCUGAGAGGAAACAUCAACUGAGAGAAAAAAAGCGCCGUGAGGAAAUAGACAGACUAGAAAAGGAGAAACAAUCAGAGCUUAGGAGCUACAAGGGUUUGAUGGUCGCAGAAAAUAUGACAUCCAACAAAGACAUUGCUUCAGGAAGCAGAUCAUUCCAGGAAGUGGAGGAGGAUUUCAUGUAAACAUUGGUUAUUGGCUUAUAGACAAAUGACUGGUGGUCAACUUGCUGCCAUGAUUAAAUAACCCAACUGGAAUCUGAAACUGCAUCAUUGUCUUGGUUAAGGAAACCAAGUGGUGUGUGUACCCAACUGUGAUUUAGGGAUAAAGGAGAAUAUAAAAUAGGGAGGGGAGAAUGCAAUGAUUGGUUUUCAUACCUUGUGAUGGUUAUAUACCUGAUUUAUAACUUUGCUUGUGACAAUGGUUUUUAUUUUAUUUUCUCACAGUCGAGUCAAAAACUGAUGUUUCUUGCUAUAAUUUUGAGUCUUGUUAGGCUUGUCAGGUUUAAACUUUUGCUUUUAGGAAAUUGUUAACUAUGCGAUAAAUUAUCAGGGCAUUUUGAAGUAUUCAUGGUACUGGCAGAGAAGCUCGUUUAUUUUUUUA